UGUCGCUUAGGCCUGAAAGCACACAAAGACCAAACAUCAAAAGGGGGCGGGCUUGAUGGGAUAGACUACAUUUCCCAGGAGGCUUUGCGGGGCGCGGCAGCAAUACGUCACCGGCGGUGGCCGCGGCAGGCGCCCGGCGCGCCCCCAGCGUGGUGGCGGUGCGGGCGCUGCGGGUGGCGGCGCGGCGGAGGCCGGAGCUCGGCCCCGCGGGGCUCACGGCGUUCUGGGGCGGCCACCCCAGGGAAGGAGGAGGGAGAAGUGGAAGCAGAUCGAGCAGUUCCUGAGGAGGCAGAGAGCAGCGAGCCCAGCCUGAUCCACCCCCUGCCACGCUGCUGGAGCUACAUCCCUCCCGAGGACCUGCAGAGCUGCCUGGAGUGCCACGUCAGGGAGGUCUUCGGGCCCUCUGUUCCCGAGGACUGGCAGCAGGCUCCCCUGCAGGAGAACAGGCUGAAGUAUCGCCUGCUGGCCCGGCUGGCAGCAGAGCUGGGACACGCUGUCCCCAACUCGCAGCUGCACCGCGUGCGCUGCGCCGGGGACAUGCUGGGCUUCUACCGCACCCCCGUAAAGGACAGCACCGAGAUCGAUGAACUCGCAGCUGCAGAGCUGCCCCCGAACCUGAAAAUCAUCCGCAGCGGUGAUUCCCCCCACGCAGCAUUCCUGUGCCUGUCUGGUGCUGUAGGGCAGCAGCAGAGUCCUCUGGUUGGGGUGAAAUCUGUGAAUUUCAGUAAUAAAGGUUCACUGAGCUUUGCCCACGUUUGGCUGUUCCUGUUCUGCUCUUUUUUCCCUGCAGACCAGUUCCUGCGAGGCACUGGUGCAGCAUGGGCACUGCCAGCUGCCCCCUGCCCUUUCCCUGCUGCUGGGAACCAACAGGAUCCAGUGGGGAUCAACAAAGGGACCAUCUCCAGUUUCUACUUUGCACCUCUGUGUUAGUUUUGGCUAGGGUAGAGUUAAUUUUGUUCCUAGAGGCUGUUAUGGGGCUGUAUUUUUGACCUGUGCUGAGCUCAGGGCUGAUAAUACAGAGAUGUUUUUGCUACUACUGAGCAGGGCUUGCACAAAGCCAAGGCCUUUCCUGUUACUCUUACUGCCACACUGGUAAGGGGAUUUGAGAUACAUGGGAGCGGAUAAUAAUAAUUGUAAUAUUUGGAUCUCCUCCUCUUCCUGGAGAUUUCACAUGCUUAGAAAAGGACAGAUCCCUGCAGAAUAAUUAAUAUCUACACAGUGUUGUAUGGAGAUCUAGUUCUAAAGUUGGGCAGAAUGGUGUGAUGGCAUAUUCCAGGUGGAGCUGGUACUCAGGAACAC